AUGGACAAUGAAGCCGAGCUGGCCAGCUUGAAAUUGCCUCUUCUGCGAUGUGGGAAGAUAUGCAGCGAGUUCAGGAAUAUUAUACAAAAAUAUAUGGCUCAUUCUAACGGUCAACACACAAGCUUUCGUGACUGGGCUAAAUUACGGUACAUGGGUGGGAUUAUUUAUGACCUGAAAACAACACUUACUGCCACUGUUGCCAGCGCUGUUAUCGACCAGUAUAAGACCAUGAUCGAGGAAGCAACAUCUGAUCUGCAAGAGCAUCUACAAGAUAUUAAGAAAAGAUUGCAAUCGUUUGAUCAGCACAGGGAUUCUGUUCAAGAUCUUAUCAAACUCGGCGGUACUCCAGGGCCGUCUGAUGGAGCUGACAAACCGACUGAGACAAAUGUCAGAACAGGGCGUAAGGCCUCCGAAUUGGCACACAGAGCCCACACAAAUAUCUUUUUAAACGUGACAGCAUCAGACGAGUCACAUCAGCUCGUGACACUUCGCUACAGCAAUUGUCUCGGGACUUCUGUGGACAGGUCGGGAUAG